CUGCCUUGGAGCGUCCUGUGCUCGCUCGGCAUCGCCGCUUUAACCCUCCGUGCGUGUGAGUAGUGUGGGCCCCUGGGAUUUCUCUCUUCCUGCUCCCUCCCAAACAGUGCCCGUGGCUGGUUUGGCUCAGGUAACAGAAAGUUUGAAGUCAUGUCCGCAAAACCAAAACUUUACUACUUUGAUGGAAGAGGCAAGAUGGAAUCGAUUCGUUGGUUGUUGGCUGCAGCUGGGGUCGAGGUUUGUUUUGGAGUUUUUAACUUCUACUGCACAUUGUUUGAAGAAGAGUUUUUGGAAACACGAGACCAAUAUGAGAAGCUCCUGCAAGGUGGAUCCCUGCUGUUUCAGCAGGUGCCCAUGGUGGAGAUUGAUGGGAUGAAGAUGGUGCAGACAAGAGCCAUCCUCAGCUACAUUGCAGCAAAGUACAACCUCUAUGGGAAGGACCUGAAGGAAAGAGCCUUGAUUGAUAUGUAUGUUGGAGGAACUGAUGACCUUAUGGGCUUCAUCUUGAUGUUCCCUUUCUUAUCAGCGGAGGAUAAAGAGAAACAACGUGCUUUUAUAGUUCAAAAGGCGACAAGCAGGUAUUUCCCAGUGUAUGAAAAGGUUUUGAAGGACCAUGGGCAGGACUUCCUUGUUGGCAGCAAUUUUACCUGGGCAGAUGUUCAUCUUCUUGAAGCCAUUUUAAUGGUAGAAGAGAAGAAGUCAGAUGUGCUCUCAGGCUUUCCUCAGUUACAGGCAUUUAAAGCAAGAAUAAGCAGCAUCCCCACAAUCAAGAAAUUUCUUGAGCCAGGAAGCCAGAGGAAACCUGUUCCUGAUGAUAAAUACGUAGAGACUGUCAGAAGAGUUCUCUGCAUGUAUUAUGAUGUAAAAGCAAAUUAGUGUGCCUGGCUGCAGGCUGUAAGAGAACUGCCAGAUUCCACACGGCCAAUUACACCACAAAGGAAGGCGAAGGGGUGUUCGAGAGGUGUUAAAGUGGGCAGGAGGUUGUGCCCUCACACAAAAUACAGUAGGCAGGUAUCUUUUAUAACACUUCAACACUAGCCUAUUUUCUCCUUCAUUCAUCACAAGAUUUUUUUCUGGUAAUUUUAAGCAAGUGAAAUGGCAGCAAGCACAGUCUCACUAGAGAUUUUGUGAAACACCAGAAAAGAGAAAUGUGAGUUGCUGACUGAUAGCUUCAGUAUGUUGUCCUAUUUCCGAGGACUUUUUUCUAGAUCCAGAUCAGAUUUUUAGAUGAGGAUUGCUUCCAAUGUAGGCUUUUCUUCUUCUUUAAUAUCACUGUUGGCAAAUGAACUAGUAGUUUUUAAAGAAAGUAGGAGUGAGGUCUUUCUCUUGCCAGUUCUGCUGGACAUCAGUGAUUUGUCUAAAUGUCAACACUGUGCCUUUAUAACUAAGCUGCAUUUUUAUUACUGAAUUAGGAAAUAAACUGACUGCCAAAUGAUGUUUUUGUUUAACUGCUGUAUCUAGAGGACCUGUACUAAUCAAAUAAACUUUUUAUGUAGUCACA